UACUGCUGUGCAACGUGCAACACGUCUAAUGGUCUGGUCUGGGCUGUGCCGGUGGCGCAGCACUGCCCGGUCUACCUUGACUUGAACUACUAACCAAGUCUUAAAGAGAUCAAAAUUCAAUCCCGUUCUAAGAAGAGAAAAAAAAAGAAAGAAAGAAAAAAAAGAAAAGAAAAAAAGAAAAAGAGAGAGAAAUGACGUUAUUUGAAUAUGUGCCCAAAAUCCUUAAUAAAUAACUUAGGACGAGUAGGAGGCAAAUGCUGCCCCAGCUGUUUCCUGUUGAAAAUGUCUGUGUAAUGUAGAUAAAUGUGAGGGAUUUUCUCUCUAAAUCCGUCUCCUGUUCGCUAAAUCUCACUUCUCCAAAACGAGCCUGCGCAAUGGAACAAAGUGGGAAUAUUGAGAUGUGACAUUGCCUCCGCAUCUCAACCUCUUUUUUCUCCCCCGUUUUUUAAUGACUUCAAACAAGUUCAUUUUUUGCUGCUCUUUGUCGUGCGGAGACCCGCGGGGAUGCCUAGCGCUCACUUCUUCCAGGGGCAUUUGUGCGAUGUCUUCAAGUGCGCGAUGUGCUGCGUGUCCUGCGCCCACACCCUCUCACUGCUGCUGUGCGUCCUCACCCUGACUCCGACGGCAACAGGGGCGGGUCCGGAGACCUUGUGCGGGGCGGAGCUGGUCGACACGCUGCAGUUUGUGUGUGGAGAGAGAGGCUUUUAUUUCAGUAAACCAACAGGCUAUGGCCCCAACGCGCGGCGAUCACACAACCGCGGCAUUGUGGAUGAGUGCUGCUUCCAAAGCUGUGAGCUGCGGCGCCUGGAGAUGUACUGUGCACCUGCCAAGACUAGCAAGGCAGCUCGCUCUGUGCGCGCACAGCGCCACACAGAUGUGCCGAGAACACCUAAGGUUAGUACUGCAGGCCACAAAGUGGACAAGAGCACAGAGCGCAGGACAGCACAGCAGCCAGACAAGACAAAAAACAAGAAGAGACCUUUAUCUGGACAUAGUCAUUCAUCCUGCAAGGAGGUGCAUCAGAAAAACUCCAGCCGGGGGAACACAGGGGGGAGAAAUUACAGGAUGUAGGGAACGAGCGAAUGGACAAAUGCCCGGCGACUUGAGAAGACGGAAGGCAGUGGCCUUACCUGGUGCCCCUGUGGAAUGGUUCACUGUAAACAAAACAAGAUGGAUGCUAGCAACGGUCCGAUAAGCCCCUACCGUGCGACACGACACCUGAAAAGCCAGGUGCCGUCUGUCUUACCGGUCGAUGAGAAAUAUUCUGGUUAUUCUAUACACUGCACCAUUCCAUAUUGGGAGGAAUUCUUUUGUUGAUGCGAUGUAACAGACUAGUUUUUAGCUGCUGAGACACAAACAAGAGCUUGUUAUACCUCCGUGUGUGAGCUGCGGCGUCCCCCCCCCCCCACCCCCUUGCUCCCCUCCCCCCCUCCUCCCAGUUCUCAGAAGGUCGGAGUGUGACUUGGGCUUCAGCCAAUCAGAGAGCAGCAAGGCUGUGCAGGAGAACGCUGGGCCCAUUCUCUACCUUAAAACUUUUAAGAUGGUAAAUCUUGUACACGUGCACACACACACACACACACACACACACACACACAGGCCGUGAUUGGUUGUAACAGUACACUUCUUGUGAGCGUCACACAUGACGCAUAACUAUCCCAAUUAAAUCUGGUCAGGCUCGUGUCAGAGACUUUGUUUCUUCUGCAUUUUGAAUCCAAAAUGGCCAAAAUAGUUAGACAUUGUGGAUUACAGGGGAUAUAAAAAAGAAAAGAAAAAAAGAGGUUUGCUUUGAAUGACAAGCACACAAAUUCAGCCAGGCAGUUCAUCAUCAGAACUUAAACACGCAGUGUUGGCGGCAUGUCAUCGUAGCUUGAGUCCAAACCAAAUCCCAGGUUCUCAGUGACGGCGUCCAAGUCGGAGUCACAAUGGAAAUGUCAAGAGUCCCGUCUAAGUGGAGGCUUCGAGAGCUCCGAGUCUCUUCCAAAUCCCUCCUAAAGUCUUAGGAGGCGUUAAGAGCCUGCAAUCCAUUAAAACGAGCAGCAUUGCACGUUUGCGUUUUCUUUUUUUUUCUUUGUUUUUUUGAUAAACACAAGUGGAGAGCCACCCGGCUGCUAAAUUGGGCUAAGGUUAUUUGGCCAGUGGGUUUGCAAGGUUAUCUCGCCAAAUGUACUUUCUAAAGGUCAGAGAAUGCUCGCAAAUGGGGGGGGGGGGUUCGCCGUGUGUUUUAGCGGAGGAAUGAUAUGAAGCGGUUCAUUUACGUGUGGUGGAAGGUACGUUUUCAGCAUUUCUAUUCUUAUCUUAUUUUUGAACACAGUAGUCACGGCCAAAUCUAGCGUCAAAUCACCGGCGGGGCUCAUUUCAGUCCAACACAGGAAGUCGUCGACCGUCCGAGCUCCAUUUUCAGUCACUAAUCACAAAGUACUGAGAACAAGCCGAGUCGCAGCGAGUGUGAUGAAGAGUGUGCAGACAGCGAAGAAGAUCGUGUUACGUUAACAGCGAGGCCUUGCCAGGGUUAACAACGACGAUGAGGGGGGGGGGGUGGCGAACUGAGUAGGCAGACGUACCUUGCUCACAAUGACGAGCCGGAAAGCUGGGUGUACGACGCAUGAACGCUUUGUUAGGACUUAUGUGUAACACACAGAAGGGUCCGUGUGGCAACAGCAGCAACGCAGCUCCAACUGUGAGCUUUACAGGAAAGGGGUCGGUUGAAACGACCUUCUUGUUUACUGGCAGGCAGGACUACCUUUAAAUGUCAAUACGCUUCCCCUAAUCUGUCAAAAGCGGAGGCCGAGUGCAGAGGAGAGACGGUUCUAAUAAUAGCAGUAUGAACGGGGGUGAUUAAUGAUUGAUUUCUCUUGGCCCGCGUCGUUGCGUUAGCUUAGCGGGACCGCGAUCCCUUCGCUCAUGACGCUCAUGACGAGAGUACGAACCGGAACUCUCCAGAAUUCACGGACCCCCCCCCCCCCCAAGAGCACUAAAAACAAUGUUUAUUGUAUAACUCGGUGUCGCGAACCGUUAAUGUCAUUUUACGGGACGCUGUCUCACGGUUAACGUACAGGUCCGCUGGAGUCUCUUAACACACCUGCACAUGUGCAAACACAGUGCGCGCGCACACAUGCACACAUGCACACAGACAGUGCAAACGAGAGUUGUGCAACUGUGUGCAAGGUUCAAGCACACCCGUGCACGCACACACACAUACAGACAUGCACACACACACAGACUGACAUGGACACGCAUGCACGCGCGCACACACAAGCACCAGCCAAUUCUGAGAAGUCCUUGCAUCGGGAUUGAGUGAAAAAUGGCUGUUUGCACAAGCCUCCAUGUGAGCGACAGUCGAGAGAGUCCCAGUAACCUUCCAAGACAUCUCAUCUUGUGGCACUGCCUCCUCUGCCUGAAUAUAAUGAAACAGUGCUUCCAAUUAUGUUAUAUCCUAUGCAUUCUUCCACCGUCAUUGUACAUGACAGUGUCAUAUAACAAAAUUAUUUUGAAGAAAAUCCUAUCCACUGUAUAAUGGUGCUAUUUUAUAGUUUGUUACUUGCAAGAGUUGGCAAAGAGAGAGAGAGAGAGAGAGAGAGAGAGAGAGAGAGAGAGAGAGAGAGAGAGAGAGAGAGAGAGAGAGAGAGAGAGAGAGAGAGAGAGAGAGAGAAAGAGAGCGAGAGAGAUAGAUGGCAGGGCUUACAUCGGAGGUCUUCCCUUUUGCACAGCCUUGUGGCCACCAUUUUAAUAGUGUUUUUAUUUGUAAGCUGUUUCGAUAAAGACAGUAGUGUAAGCGAGCAAAUGUAUCUGUGUGAAAUCUGUGAAUGCAUGGAAGAAAAAAAAACGAUUAUCAUGUUGUGGUCCCAAGAAGGCAAAAUGCUAUUUUUUCUACUGUUUUUAAAUUAUUGUUUCUCAAUACUAGAUCCCUAUGCCAAACAACUUGACAGAGGUACUGUGAACGGUGAUCUUCCAGUUGUGUUAAGAUAGCAAAAAAAAAAAGUCAUGGUGUGCUUUUUUUUGGUCUGUGUUGGGGUGUGCACGUGUACACGCACCUCACUGAAAGCCAAGGUUUUUGGACAUUUGCAGACAUGGUACGAAUAAGCCAGAGGGUUUGAUUCUUUCUUUUUUUUCCUUUUUUUUGUUGCUGCAAACCAUGCAUUCUUUGGAGACACAGUCAAUAUAAAGGCAUUUUCACCGACCCAUUUACAGUGGGGGAUUUUUUUCUUCUUCUUUGCAAUCUAUUACUUAUGGUCAAGAUUUCUCAUAAUUGGAAUUAGUGCGUGCGUUUUCAUAUUAAUUCUCCACUAAACCCUUGGAUUAAGUUGAUUCCGGCCGACUGCAAGAAAAGAGGAGCUUGGUUGGUAAACCCCACCCCCACCCCCCCUCCGCACUCCCACCCCCAAGUGUUCAGACAUUUAGUACAUACCAAAGAUGCUUUGACCAAUAUGAAGCCUCCCCUCUCAACACUAUUGUACCACCGAGCAAACCUGUGACCAGAUGGUAACCAUUGGUUUUAUGUAAUACCCGUCUGAGCAGGCCAGCAGCUACAGUUAUUAUGCCCAUCAGACACAAGGCAUGAGUAAGAAGCAGCCAAUUGACGUGAGACAAGUUAAGUUCCCUCUGUGCGUUUGGCACCUUUGGAGCCGCUUACGCACAGAAACGGCAGUAACCAGCUUUGAACCAUCUGACUUUUGACGCGUCCAAACACAUUUCUCUCUCUCUCUCUCAAUGUCUCCCCCCCCACACCCCACCCACCCCGAAAAGCAAUCAAUGAACACUCUCGCAAAUUUUGCCACAGCCAACCUCAAAUGUGGGAGUGAACCAGAUCCCCCCCACCCCACCCCAACACACACACACACACACACACACACACACACACACACACACACACACACACACACACACACACACACAAAGUCACGACUGUUUUGAAGUGUUGCAGUGGCAAAAAAAAUGGCAUUUCCAUAUAAACUCGCUGUCCAAGAAACUGUUUGAUUAAAGCGCUGUUAUUUAAAUGGCGCUCGAUUGCCUUCUGUGUAGGAAACGUUUAAGAUAUUGACAAAUUGUUCACCAUUCCUGCUGAAUAAACCACUUGUCGACAUCAUGCAAAAA